UGUGUACAUGGCACGUGCACACCGAGCGGCAGACAUUUCAUUUGUUAUUGUGAACACGGAUGGACAGGAACAACUUGUAAUUCAUUGAUAGAUCAAUGUGCUUCAAAUCCGUGUUUACAUGGACAAUGCACGGGCGACUUGAUGUCAUAUAAGUGUAAUUGUACCAUUGGAUAUGUGGGCAACCACUGUGAUACAGCUUGUAGCCGGGACGUUCUAGUCAAAAUCGACCAAACGCUCCUUAGCAAUUAUUAUGUCCCAUCAACCAGGCAAUUCUUGCAAAAACUAGUCAGCAAAAUGCAAAUAGGAUCCAAUGGUAUAUACAUGGGAGUGUCAACGUUUUACGAAUCUGGUGUUGCUUUUGGUUGGGGACUUGGUUGGAACACCAACAAAAUCAGUCUACUAUCUUCAAUUGGACAUCUCCAGCAUCAACCAAUGUCUGGACUUCCUGAUAUAUUUCAACCGGUACAUAGCUUAUAUAUCCACGCAACAGGCGGACAUGAUGGUCGUUAUGAUGUUCCAGAUGUAGCUUUGAUCAUCACUGGUCCAUUCAAAAAUAGCCAGUAUAGCUCCAAAUCUGAGUCGGAUAGAAUAAACACGGUUAUGCCGAUUGUAACAAUAGGAGUGGGCAAUGUUAACACACAGAUGCUUCGGUCUAUCGCAAAAGACAGUUCACACGCUUUAAAUGUCAGGAGUGUAAACGACUUAGUUGAUAAUGAUUUUGUUGACAAAGUCUUGAAUAUUCUCUGUUUAUAAUGAAUUGAACUACAUGUACUACCGAACACUCAGUUUAAGUAGUUUAUGACUAUAUAUAUCUACAUGCAUUAAAACAGUUUUUUGUCUUGUACUGUUUUAUAUACAGCUGAUUUGUAAUGAAUUUAACAAAUAAAUCAUAUGUU